UGAAAGGUUACGGUGCUAUUUGGCGGCCAUUUCUCCUGAAGCGCAGCGGUUCGGGCCCUCGGGUAGCUGCUCCAGUCACGAGGGACAGGCUACAGCUGGGUCGGCGGCGAGUAGCCAGCAGCGUUCGCCCUAUUCGCGAUGAGUUUACCCCUCAAUCCCAAACCUUUCCUCAAUGGAUUAACAGGAAAGCCAGUGAUGGUGAAACUUAAGUGGGGAAUGGAAUACAAGGGCUAUCUGGUAUCUGUAGAUGGCUAUAUGAACAUGCAGCUUGCAAAUACAGAAGAAUACAUAGAUGGAGCAUUGUCUGGACAUCUGGGUGAAGUUUUAAUAAGGUGUAAUAAUGUCCUUUAUAUCAGAGGUGUUGAAGAAGAGGAAGAAGAUGGGGAGAUGAGAGAAUAGCACCUUUCAUGGGGAUUUUUUUUAUAUAUAUUUCUAGACAAUAAAGACUUGUUUUUGUUUUUCA